AUGCCAGGGCUGCCUCGGCCCCGCCCGUCGCGACUGGAAAGUAAAAAUCGCCCCGGAUCUUCUAUCUCCAGUAUCUCUACUGCUUCCACCUCAGGGUCUUCUGCUUCAACACCGCCUUCCAUGACAGACCUCGUGCCGCCAUCGAAGCGGCUGAUGGAGGAGGAGCGGCCGGUGGCAAAAAUUGGAUCCGAAUCGCAGGACUCUUGCAACUUGCAGGAUAUGGAGUUGAUGAUGAACUGGUGCACGAGGACAUAUAAAUCUAUGUCGCGGGAUGAGCCGGCCGAAGCACUCUGGCAGACGACUAUUCCUCAAAUAUCACUGCGUUUCCCCUCUCUUCGACAUGGGCUUUUGGCCCUAUCGGCUCUGCAGCUGGCUGGAGCAAAUCGAGCCCCACAACGCAAAUGGCGAUAUCUAGUUACAGCACGAGAGCAUCACGCGGAGGCGCUGAAAGGCAUCCAUCCAGAUGGGGAGGCAGAGCUGUCCCAAGCUCAGUGCAACGCCGCCUUCGCACUGUGCUGUGUAUUAUUGGUUUGGUCCUUUGGAUACUGCUUAAUUGAUGAUGGCAUGGAAGAGGACGGCAAGCCAGACGUAUUGGAUGAGUUUCUCGAAGUUUUCGAACUCACACGAUGGAUCGUGAGAGCCAUGAUGACGACGAUGGAGCGAGUUGCCGGUGGCGAGCUAUGGCCUCUUGUGCGACCUGCCACAUUGCGUCCAACCAUGCCAAAUAUGUCGCGAUUGGUAGUGCGAGCAAUGCAGCGGCAGAACGAUAUUGAAGCUUCACACAAUCCGGCCCAUGAGAGGGGCGUUUACGAAAACACCAUCGAACAUCUGAGCCACUGCCUGGAGCAGUUGAUGAACGGCGGUGAACCCAAGGACUUUGUUUUUUGCUGGACUUUUCGCAUCCCCGGUCGGUUUCAAGAUUUGGUCCGAGAGCGAGAGCCGUUUGCUUUGGUUGUGCUAGCCCACUACGCCGUCACCUUACACCAUCUGCGGGACACCUGGUGGAUGGGGAAUUGGGGAGCUCGAAUCCUCAACGAGAUCGUCGAUAUUCUGGGCACAGAGUGGCGCGAGCUGCUGAGCUGGCCUAUCGAUGCUACCGGCUGCUCAUUUCCAGGGCAAUAA